AUGACGUCUCCUCAGCAUCCUCUCUCUUACAACGACUAUGCCAUCCCGCAGCUCCGGCUAGAGCACCACCCGGCCUCGUCGCCGGUGCCGACGCCCGUCAUAAAGGUGCUCCUGGACCGGCCGGAGCGCAACAAUGCCUUUACCGACACCAUGGUGACGUCCCUCGUGACGGCCUUUGGCCUGCUGUCGUCGGACCCGCGCGUCAAGGUGAUUGUGUUUUCGGGGACGGACCCGCGCAACAAGUUCUUUUGCGCGGGCAUGGACCUGGACAAUGCCUCGGACGCCACGGGGUCGUCGGCCAGGGCGCCGCCCCCGAGCAAGCAGGAGCUCGACCGCCGGCGCGAGGCCCACCGCGACGGUGGUGCCCAGGUCAGCAUCGCCAUCUCCCAGUGUACCAAGCCCGUCAUUGCUGCCAUGAAUGGUCACUCCGUCGGCGUCGGCGUCACCAUGACGCUUCCUUGUAACCUUCGGGUCGUAAGUCGUGAUGCCAAGGUCGGCUUCGUAUUUGCCAGGCGGGGCAUCAAUAUGGAGGCAACAUCGUCCUUCUUCCUACCCCGGAUCCUGGGUACCGGUCGGGCACUGCAUCUCGUGACGACGGGCUCGACGUAUGCGCCGUCGGACCCGCUCAUCCGCGACCUGUUCGCCGAGGUGGUGGCACCCGACGAGGUCCUGCCUCGAGCCUUGGAGCUGGCUGAGGAAAUCGCCACCAAGACAAGCGGUGUCGCCAUCAAGGCCAUGAAGGACAUGAUCUACCGUGGCGCAUCGUCCCCCGAGGAGGCGUAUCAACUCGAGAGCAGGGUCUUUUUUGAUCUGUUCCGCGGCAGCGACGCAAGGGAGGGCAUCCGAAGCUUCUUGGAGAAAAGGGAGCCCGACUUUCGGGGCGUGUGGGAUAGAGAACAUCCCGCCAUUUGGCCGUGGUGGGAGCCCAAGGGAUGGGACGUCAACAACAACACGAAUGGCUUGCUAGGCUGGCUCAAAAGUAAACUCUGA